CAAGUACUAGCCCACAGCCCACAGCCCACAGCCCCUACUCUCUCUCCCCAUCACACUCGAUCCACUAUGGGAAGACUUCACAGCAAUGGAAAGGGUAUAUCGGCUUCGGCCAUCCCAUACUCUCGCACUCCUCCGCCAUGGCUCAAGACCACGCCCGACCAGGUUGUCGACCAGAUCUGCAAGCUCGCGAAGAAGGGUGCUACUCCUUCUCAGAUUGGUGUCGUUCUCCGUGACUCCCAUGGCGUCGCUCAAGUGAAGGUUGUCACUGGUAACAAGAUACUCCGAAUCUUGAAGGGAAGCGGCCUUGCACCUGAGAUCCCCGAGGAUCUCUACAUGUUGAUCAAGAAGGCUGUUGCUGUCCGCAAGCACUUGUCGAGCAACCGUAAGGACAAGGACUCCAAGUUCCGUCUCAUUCUCAUCGAAUCCCGUAUCCACCGUCUCUCCCGCUACUACAAGACUGUCGGUGCCCUGCCCCCGACCUGGAGGUACGAGAGCGCCACCGCUUCCACCUUGGUCGCAUAAAGGCACGUGGGUUGGAAUGGCGAUGGUUUAAUGAAGGCAAGCACCUGGUCGGAGUUUCAUGGAUGGAGGGAUGCCUAUCUGGCUUCAAUCACCAGUUCAUGGAUGGCUAUGCAGACUAAAAGGAAUCAAAGGCAUCACAUCUGAAAA